UACCAGUCAGACUUUUCACUUUUCACAAUCGGAGAAUUCAAACAAAGCGAUUACGAUAUAUUACACACACGCAAUCAAAACUACGAAGGAAAGGGAUACCAAAGAACAAAUUGGGAGAACAGACCCCCUACAUCGAUCAUAGUUUCAGUGAGGACGUUUGAAUGUAAUGCAGAAGAAAUACCGUUUGUAUCACAAACGUUAUACCAACAGUCGUUUCUGACAUUAGGGGAACUGCCGGACACUUGGUUUGAACGAAGUCCAGCUACAGAUCGACAGGGAAACCGAAUGGAAUUGAUCCGCCAUAUGGAUAAUAGUUUGUUCAUAUUCGGAAGAAAGGAUCAUGGUGUGCUAUACUGGAUGAUUUCUGCUUUACGGAAAGUUGGGGCGGGAUGGAAAAACUUCAUAUUAACGUCGAAGAUGAAAGUGCCACCGGACUACAAUGACAUCAGUGACGAUGCCCUAGUCCCUGAUUCCGAUUUCUUUGAUGAUCAGCUUGAUCGUACAAAAGUAAUUGGUGUGUAUGCAGUCUAUGGAAAUUUGCAACUCCAGAUUAACGAACACCAAUGCAUUCGUUCAAUAAAUGUAGAUGAUUUUGACCAACAAAGUCAGGAGACCGCUGUUACCAUUGACAUACGAAUGUUUCUUUCGACUGACGCACCAGAUGUCCUAUGGCGGGUUACAUUGAAAGGAUCGGGUGAUGUUCCGUCCACUAUCAAAUUUGAAAGCGUCGUUUGCCCUGCAAAUAUCACCAUAGACGCACGUGAUAGCCGUACCGGACAGGGCGUUAACGUCAGAGUCACUUUCCUAGAAGUCGAUGGUGACUUCAACAUUGGGAAGUUUAUAACAGUUCAGGGAUAUUACACGGACCUCACAGAACCAUCAGACGGAAAACCAACAGACAUAGUAGCUGAAGCUCCAGCGCCUCUCUCAGAAACAACAACAGCAAAAUCUUCACAAGAAAAAACAUCCGAAAACCCAUCUCACGAACAAACCUCUGAACAUCCAUUUCAAGAAAAAAAGACAACUUCAAAACAACUGUCGCCAAGGCAAACAUCAAUUACGCAAAUAUUAACUACUCAGACAUCCACUUCACAACGGUACACAACACGAAUAACACCAGUUACAACGGGGGAAACAAAAAUGAAUUCAACUUUAAAGUGUUAUGAGGACUUACCCCGAAACUGGAACACGCAAAUCAACAGCUCCGAGCUGCAGGCCUUGCAGGCAGAAGUCGUAAAACUCAAGCAAAGCCUCGCUGUAAACAAGUCUGCGCUCUCUUCUACCAUCAGACGAAAGAACAGUGCACCCGACAUGCGCAUUUCGUCAAAGAUCAUGGGUUAUGUGGGCGGAGCCAUUAUGGCGGUGAUAUUCGGAGGCCUGGUGAUUAUCGACCUCCCUACAAUAGCAAAAGCAUUGAAACUGAUGAAGCGGAAUGUGAUGGGGAAAUGACGCGACAUGUAUGUGUUGUCACAGGUCAUUGUCAUCGUCACAACGAACAGUUCAAGGCGUGCUCCUUUUUU